UGGGACAAGAUGGCGGACCCAGAAAGUGCACGGCCGGCUGUCCCUUCAGCGGCCCCGAUUUCUUUCGGUUUCACUCGCACCUCUGCCCGGAGGCGACUGGCAGACCCCGGAGUCGGCGAAGGACGGGCCUCAGAGGAGAAAGAUUUCUUAAAGACUGUGGAAGGGAGGGAGCUGCAGAGUGUGAACCCUCCAGAAGCCCCCAAGGAACUGGUCAUCCCAUUGAUCCAGAAUGGCUCUCGCAGGCAACCACAGUCCAAGAGCCCUAAGCCAUCCUCAGAAACUAGGACUGAGUUGAUGUCAGAUGGUGUGCUGUCCCUGGCUGUGAAGGAGCUCAUUGAGGAAUCCAAGAAGUCCCUGGAGGAGAGGGAGAAUGCAGGUGUUGAUCCCACGCUUACCAUCCCUAUGAUCCAGAAAGGAUGCAGUCCCAGUGGGGAAGGAACAGACAGCGAACCUCAGGCUGAGACAGUGCCAGAGGAAGCCGACUAUGAGGCAGUCCCUGUGGAGGCGUACGGGCUGGCCAUGUUGCGGGGCAUGGGAUGGAAACCUGGCAAAGGCAUCGGCAAUACUUUCAGUCAAGUAGUGAAGCCCCGAGUCAACUCUCUAAGGCCCAAAGGCUUAGGGCUAGGUGCCAAUCUGAUGGAGGCCCAGGCCUUAGCUUCCACUGGCUCUCACCACCCACCAAGACCAGAUGGGGAUCGAGAGAAGGAUAAGGAAGGGCAACCUCAAGGGUUGAUUCCUGGAGGAGCAGUUGUGGUCCUUUCUGGCCCUUACCGGGGCCUCUACGGGAAGGUAGAAGGCCUUGAUCCUGACAAUGUGCGGGCCAUGGUUCGGCUGGCAGUAGGCAACCGCAUUGUGACUGUUAGUGAGUAUUGCCUACGGUCUGUUUCACAGCAGGAGUUUGAUAGCCACACCUCACAGCCAGGCCAUGUGAGCAAAACUUGCACAGAGCAGCAGAACAGAACAACUGGAACAGCCUUGUCAUUGAAGGCCCUCCAGAAUCAGGAGGACUCAAAGAGGAGGCAGAAGGAUUCAGAGAGGAAGCGGAAACACCCUCCAGACCGACAGGAUGGACCUGUGGCAAAGAGUGAGAAAACAACCACUAAGAACAAGCACUGGUUACACAGGGACUUACGUGUGAGGUUCAUUGACAAACUGCACAAGGGUGGCCGGUAUUACAACACCAAGAUGACAAUUGAAGAUGUCCCGAGCCCAGAUACUUGUGUGUGUCGGACAGAUGAAGGCCGAGUUCUAGAAGGCGUGACAGAAAACAUGCUGGAAACCCUGAUUCCCAAGGGAGAGGGUCACCGUGUGAUGGUGGUGCUGGGACCACAUGCUGGAAAGGUGGGACUUCUUCUGAGUCGGGACAGCGUGCAGAGUCAAGCUUUGGUGCAACUUGGGAGAGAGAACCAGGUUGUAGAACUCCACUAUGAUGCUAUCUGCCAGUACAUGGGUCCCAGUAACUUGGAUGAAGACUGACAUGUGGACCACUGUCAUCCCCCAGGCUGUCACUAGUUGUGUUGCAAUCUACAAUGGAUGCCAUGGAGAAGAUAAGAGACAAUUGUUCUAUCCUCCUUUGAGGUACAAGAACAGGGGUGUGAGUUGAUAGACCUGACUAUUUACCAAAAUUUAGAAUAUAAUAAAACCCAUUUUAAAAAGUGGGAAGAUGACAUCAAAACCAGUAUGUGAGCUGUGAAUUCAGGUGGGAACUGAGAUGACUGAGGUGGAGCUACUUCAUUUCUUAGCCUCAUUCCCCUGCUCAGGGUGCAGGACAAGUUAAAUUACCUAUCCAAUACAGAGUUCCCUCUUGGAGCAUAGAAAUGAUGAGAUCUGUCCUCACACAAACACUAUAGAAUCUCCAGUGCUACAUCUCAGAACAGCUUCCUGAGUUUGGCUCUUGAAUGGCUUUCAAAGACCCAUAUUUCUUUUUUAAGGUUUAUUGUAUUUUUAGUUAUAUUAUGUGUGUGCCUGUGGGAGAGUGUGCGAUUAUGAGUACAGAUGCUUUCAGAGUGUUAAGUCCCCUGGGAACUGAAGUUACACACAACAUGGGUGCUAGGAACCAAACUUGGGUCCUUUGAAAGAGCAGCAAGCACUCUUAACCACUGAGCCAUCUCUCUAGCCCAUAUAUCCAUAUAUUAAAGGAUUCUUGCCCAGGAUGAUGCUAGUAGCACUUAUUUUUGACCUUUGAAAGCUAACGGCCUGCUAGAGAUUGCUUAGGCCAUGACUUAGAACCUCCAAAACUGUGAACCAAAAUAGACCUUUCCUCCUCACACUUUAUUUCUGGUAGUUUAUCUGAGUAAGGGAAAACUGCUGCUCCCGCUGAGAACUCUAGUAGGGCAUCCGUUAUCCUUGAUCCAGGGCAGACCUCCAGGAAUGUCACUGAGGUGAUGAUGCACUGAAGAGACAUGGAGACUUAGGCCCACAGAUGGGAUGGGUUACUUCUAAUUUCCAAAGAAGCCAGUCACUUUUAGUCCUAAAUUAUUAGCUUGCAGGUUAAAAGCUAUUUCUGACUCAUGCAGUUUCUCUGCUUGCCCUAGGUGACUAUAUUUUUUUAAAAGGUUAUUGUUGAGAAUCCUGAACCUUUUUCCCGCUUAAUGGUGUAAGAUAAAAAUCAACAAGAGAAGUCAGAGUAUUAGACACUAUUGCUUCUAAAUCAUAUUUGAAGCUUAAGUCAUUCAUGCAAUAAAUGGCAUUUGACUUAGAUCUGGGCCACAGAUAAGAAUACCUAAAUGCCUAUGGCAUACAUUGAAAAGAAUCAAAACACCCCAAAACAGGAUGAUGAUAAAGGUAAUUGGGACUAGGGAUGGGGCUUAGUGUUGGUGUAUUUGCGUAACAUAUGUAAAGCCUUGGGUUCCAUCCCCAGUACCACCAGGAAAAGGGAAAUUGCUGACUCCGUUGAACAAAGGCAAAUUGAACUCUCUAGGCAAAAUGAACAAACAUAAAAACGAUGUGAGUCACCAAGUGUGGUUGGUAGCCCACACCUGUAAUCUAGCACUUGAGAGCUGAGACAGGAAGAUUUCCAUGAGUUCUAGGACAGUCUGAGCUUCAUCAAAAGACUCUUUCUUCAAAAACUUAAAAACAGGAAAUGGGCUGGGUGUGGUGGCACACAGCUCUGAUCCUAGCACUCAGUAGGCAUAGGCAGGCAGAUAGAUCUCCAUGAGUGUGAGGCCACCUGGUCUACAUAGCAAGUUCCACAGGGCUACAUAGUGGGUCUCAGAAAAGAAAGAGAGUGUGGCUUUUCCCCUUCCUAUUACCCCUUUUAUGUCUCUUGUCUAAUUGCUACAGCUAAGACUUUGACACUGUAGAAAACAGGUAGAGGAGAGUGGGCAACUUUCCUUAUCUCAUUCCUGAUUUUAGAGGAAAUGCUCAGUAUGUCUCCAUUUAAUAUAAUGUUGGCUAUAAUAACAUGUUGGUAUAUAACCUUUAUUAUUUUGAGGUGUUUUCCAUCUGUUCCUACAGUCUCCAGAGCUUUUAUCACAAAAACUUGUCGACCUUGUCCAAUGUGUUUAAACAUCAGUUUAAAUAAUUAAUGUAAUUUCUGUCCUUGAGUUUGUUUGUAUUCCAUUUAUUGGUUUAUGUAUGUUGUAACAAUGUUGCCUUUCUAGGAUGAAGCCCAUUUGGUUAUAAUGUGUAAUCUUCUCAGUUUAUUCCUGAAUUCAGUGUGUAAGCAUUUUGUUAAGAAUUUUUGCAUCUGUGUUCAUCAAAAAAUUGUCUGUAGUUUUUUUUUUCUUUCUCUUUCCUUUCUUUAUCCUCCUCCUUCAUCUCUUCUCUUUUUUCUUCUUCCCUUUUUUUUUUUGUUUUGGGUUUUUUUGAGACAGUGUUUCUCUGUGUUGCUUUGGAACCUGUCCUGGAAUUCACUGUAGACCCCCAGCAUGUGCUGGGAUUAAAGGCAUGUGUCAUCAUGCCUGACCUAAAGAACUUUUUUGAAUAUAUCACCGGAACUAACCCAAACUAUCAGCAAAUGGAACUGUAUGGAAUUGAACACUUUGUGUACAGCAAAGGGAACAGUGGGCAGAGCCAAGAGCAGAGAUCUUUACUAGCUACACCUCAGACAAUGGGCUGAUAUUCAGAAUUUACAAAGAAUUGCAGAAAUUAAAUACCAAGGAGACAAAAUUGCCAGUCAUCAAAAAGUACAAAUGAUCUGGGCAUGGUGGCACACGCCUUUAAUCCCAGCACUCAGGCAGGUAGAUCUCUGUGAGUUCAAAGCCAGCAUGGUCUACAAAGUGAGUUCCAGGACUGCCAGGACUGUUACAUAGAGAAACUGUCUCAAUAAAAACGGGGACUGGCCGGGUGGUGGU